GGCCUCGUGCCCCGCCCCCCGCUUUGAGCGGGUCGCUUCCCAAAAUGGCGCGCGCGCUGAAGGCGGUGGCGGCGACUGCGCGGGCCGCGAGCGCCGUAGAUUUUUUUUCCAGACUGCAAACUCUGACUCCAACGGUGAGAGCUAUUUCCACAUCACAGUCUGCACGUGAAAUGGCAGAUCCUGUUUGGAAGCUGGGUCGGCUCAAUCAUGUAGCCAUAGCAGUACCAGAUUUAGAAAAGGCCACGGCCUUCUAUAAGAACAUUCUGGGGGCCCAGGUCAGUGAACCGGUCCCUCUUCCUGAACAUGGAGUAUCUGUUGUUUUUGUCAACCUGGGAAAUACCAAGAUGGAAUUACUUCACCCACUGGGAAGCGACAGUCCAAUCGCAGGUUUUCUUCAGAAGAACAAGGCUGGAGGAAUGCACCACGUCUGUAUCGAGGUGGAUAAUAUAAAUGAAGCUCUGAUGGAUUUGAAGAAGAAGAAGGUCCGUAGUCUAAGUGAAGAGGCCAAAAUAGGGGCACAUGGAAAACCAGUGAUUUUCCUCCAUCCUAAAGACUGUGGUGGAGUCCUUGUGGAACUAGAGCAAGCUUGAUAUAUAUGUACAAGAAACUAAGUUCAUUAACCUGAAAAAAGCCUUACUAGACACUGCCAGAAUGGACUGUGAUGUUGAUCCUUCACUGCUCCCAUCGCUUGAAAGUUCAAAAGAAAAAGCUUAAUUACAGAAGGGUUAAAAUACAUAUACAUUAUGUGGGUAUUUCUUGGAUUAAUAAGUAUAUGUGUUAAUUUAGAUUUGGAGAAAACUUUAUUAAGUACUUGGGGAAAAUUAUUAAAAUCAUAUUCAUACAAAUUAA